AUGAGGGGGGAGCAAGCGUCGUUGAGUAUAGUCAAUUUCUGGUGCUCGACUAAAGCCGACAUCUUGCUGGUAGAGUUCAAGCUACUCGGGAAAGCAACCUCGUUCGUGCUCCUCUUCGUAUCAGCACGGCGUAGGAGGGACGGAACCGCCUGGAGGACAAUCGGUUUAUGGACUCGAGGAUGUUGGGUAAUAGAAAAAAGCCGGACUUCCCACGCCAUCAACGCGACUUGUCAUCGGACCGGUUCGGCCGGUUCCAAAUCCAGACUGUUUGCUGACCUUCUUGACAAAGUUUCUGAGUCUUCUGAGUCUUCAGUCGUCGGCUUGAUUUCAUCCUCUCAGUCAAAAGAGCAGUCUACCGACCGAGUACGGCUGCACCGCCAAGGGAGUAUCCCGACAAACAGUGCGAGAUCAGGCAUCACCGUUCACAGGCGAAAAAAGAUCGACAUAUGUGGAAGACAUAGGGAGUCGUUACCACGAUUCAAACGAAGCGAGAGCGAAUUCUGCAGUAUUUCAGCCGAGGUCGAAGAUGUUACUUCUGCAAUUCCCUUCAUCACACCAAUCAGAAUCUCGGUACCGACUAGCGCCAGAAAAUCCUUCAACGAGGGCGAAAAAGGUGGUGCAAUGAUACACGUUGCAGAUGUGGGGACAAAUGUCAUGCUAUGGAACAAUAUGGCCGUCUUUGAUGCUUGUCACUAUCGAGGCUAGAACGCCCAGCACCGUUCUCGCUGGAUGUUAUCGAUUUUCCGUUAUGCUUCCACGUCUUGCUACCCGUAAAUUUUAUAGCGACAUAUUAAUGGACAGGUGUACCUAUUCUAGACGAACCGAGGGUGUUGCAAAUUGUUUCGAGUUCAGGGAAAUAUCUAGCAAGAUCCGGCCGUCGUUUACAAGGAAGGAAAACCACAUCCCGCAACCCGAGCGCUUUUGUGCCGCCAAGCCUCGCCAUCAUGGUUUCAUCGGAUUUCAAGCCACG